AUGGAGCCUGAGCGAUACCGGAAUCCCGCAAUUGGCGUCGCAGCACACGAAGGCCCCUUGCCGUCCCGCGACUUUUUUGUCAACGCUAGGCCAGACAGCACCCUCACCGCUUUGUAUCCCGGCCCAGGCAAGACGUCUCUAUUCGACGAUAGACGAUGA